GACGGCCAGGGCAGAUUCUGCUGUUGUAAUCAUAUUCUGCACUGGAUCACACGAAGAACUGAACCAAGGUCAUUAUGUCAGGCAUCUGUUUGGGUUACACUGGUUUGAACCAGGAGUAAUCCAGUUCUCACUGACCCAGCCCCAAUUCUAGCUUGUUGUCUGAGCCAGGAACGGAUCGCAGUGAGACGCUGGUGAGAGAGUGACACACACAGAGACAGAGACAGUUAAAAAAUCCAGAGAUGCCAGAAAAGGAGAGCAGUCCGGAAGACGAGGGGGAGAGCCAGGAGAGGGGUGAGGCCAAGACGACGGAGGAGACCAAAAGCUGGCUGAAGAUGCCAUCCUCAUUCACUGAGGCUCUGAGCACCUUCUGUAGCACGACCACCAUCCAUGGGGCGGUAAGGCUGAUCUGUACUGAGGGCAAUCGAAUGAAAACCGGCCUAUGGGCAGCCAUCCUGGCACUCACCCUGGGUGCCAUGUACUGGCAGUUUGGCCUCAUCUGUCGGCAGUACCUACAGUUCCCCGUUCAAAUUUCACUCUCGAUCCACAGUGGCAAGAUAGAGUUCCCCGCUGUCACCAUCUGUACUCUCAACCCGUACAGGUACAAGGAGGUAAGUGCCAACCUGAGGGAACUGGACCUGUUGACCCGGGAGGCGCUGUACUUCCUGUACGGUUACCGGGGCCCCGGGAAUGGAGCAGCCACGCCACCCACCCAGGAUCGCCGGGCUGCCAUCCCACGGCGCCUGGGCCUGCGGCUGAUCAACCCAGAGGGGCGGCACGGCUCGCCGGCCCUGGAGAUCGGGCCCCGGCGGGGGGGUGGCGGCGGCGGCGAGGGCGAUCCCUGGGCCCACAACCCACCCCUGACCCGAAACAGCUCCUGGAAGAUCGGCUUCGAGCUGUGCAAUUCCACCGGCGGAGACUGCUUUUACAACUGGCACUCGUCCGGCGUGGAUGCCCUGAGGGAGUGGUACACCUUCCACUACGUGAACCUCAUGGCACGCAUCUCCCUCGAUGCAGCACCCUCAGACGAGGCGAGGAUGGGAGAGUUCGUCCAGGAUUGUCGGUUCAACGGCUUCGCCUGUCGGGAGAGUUUUGACACAUCUUUUCACCAUCCAAUUUAUGGAAACUGUUACACCUUCAAUGGAAUUAAUAGCAGCAUACAAUGGGAAUCCUCGCAGGCUGGAAAAGACCAUGGUCUGUCCCUUGUGCUCAGGAUUGAACAGAAUGACUCCAUUCCUUUUCUGUCGACGGCAGCUGGAGCCCGGAUGAUGGUUCAUGCCCGCGGUCGCUCCCCCUUCAUGGAAGAUGGUGGCUUUGAUGUUCGCCCAGGACUGGAGACUUCCAUCAGCAUGAGGAAGGAGGUGGUAUCUCGCCUUGGACAGCCAUACAGUGACUGUACAGAGAAUGGUUCUGACGUGAAAGUUCAUAAUCUCUACAAAUCUGACUACACCCAGCAGACUUGCGUCCGUUCCUGCUUCCAGCUCACCAUGGUGUCCCGCUGCGGCUGCGCCUACUAUUACUACCCGCUGCCCUCAGGAGCAGAGUACUGCAAUUACAACAAACACACCGCUUGGGGGCACUGCUAUUACCGGCUGGCAAAAGAAUUCACAGACGAUGUCCUCGGUUGUUUCAAAAUCUGUCAGAAACCAUGCAAACAAACUGAAUAUCAAAUGACAGCUGGAUAUGCAAACUGGCCAUCAAAAAAUUCAUUGAGCUGGAUGAAUCCUAUCUUCCAGAAUCAACACCGUUCUGCCACCUCCAACAGGAAGGAACUGGCCAAACUGAAUCUCUUUUUCCGUGAGCUGAACUACAAAUCGAUGAGGGAGACCCCAGCACUGCCUGUGGCGGUCAUGCUUGCCAACUUGGGAAGCCAAUGGAGUCUCUGGCUCGGCUCUUCUGUCAUGUCUGUCCUGGAGAUGGUGGAACUUAUCUUCGACCUUAUUACCCUUGCUGUCAUCUUGCUCUGGGCCCGCUCUCCGAACCUGGGAUCUCCCGCCGAGGAGUCCGCACAUCCGUCGGAUGCUACUCUUCAUGUGCCCCCCUCAUUCUUGUAAACUCCAAAGAGUACGGACCUGACCUCUACAGAUUACACAGUAACUCCACACCUCUGGGAUCAGCGAGUGAACCUUCUCCAGAUUGCUUCUGACAUCAGUCUCUACUUCCUCAGAUACAGCACCCCAAAACAGUUUCUUCAGAUACAGGACCCCAAAAACUGUUUGCAGUAAGCUGGCCGUGGUCUGACACGUACCUUGCACAUUUCUAGCAAAAUCUCUCCCUACAUUUAUACUCCAUUUCUCAGCAACAAAAGACCAUUUGCAUUCCCAAUUCCCCACUGAACUUACACACUAGGUUUCUGUGAUUUAUGUACUCCUCUAAGUUGUCCUGUCCGGCAACCUUCACAGUCUGUCACCUUUGAAAUAAUAUCCUGUUUCUCUAUUCUUCCUGCCAAAGUGCAGAACUCCUCAAACACCCUCACCUCAAAAUGAUUGGAGUGGGAAUGGAUUUGGCAUGGGAACAGUUCGAGGAUGAGGCUGGGAUUGAAAUACAGUGAGUGAUAUUGUUCCUUUGAUAGAUAGAGAGAGAAGGAAAGAGCCAAGAGAGAGACUGAAGGAGACAGCAACAAAGAGAGGUAAAGAUGGAGAACGAGAGACAGUGAGAGACAUACAGAGU